AUGAGACCUGUGCUCCUGCUUCUGCUGGGCGGCAUUAUUUCCUCAUCUGGCCUCUACGCAAACGGCGAGCAUGGGUACCAAGAGGCAUUGCGAAGUGAUGGUAGCAAAGCUGAAAGUGGAGGUGACGUCACAAGUCAAGGCGAUGAUGUGGGAGAGCCGCUCUUCCUGACGCCUCUCAUUGAAUCUGGAAAGUAUCAAGAAGCCUUGCAUAAAAGCAGAGUAGGCAAAAUCGGCAGUAUUCCAAAUGUGCUCAGCUACUCGGGAUUCAUUACCGUCAACAAGGACCUGGGCAGCAACCUCUUCUUCUGGUUCUUCCCUGCCAUGGCACUGGCGUGCUGGAAUUGUGUGCAUUCUUUUCUUUUUUUAAUUUUUUCCUCGCAGGAAAGCCCCGAGAAUGCGCCCGUGUCGCUGUGGCUUCAAGGGGGACCCGGAACAUCUUCUCUUUUUGGACUCUUCGUCGAGCACGGUCCUUACUUUGUGGACGAGAACGGCGUCGGGCAGCUGCGUCCAAUCACGUGGACGCGCACCAUAUCGGUUCUGUACGUGGACAACCCGGUGGGCACCGGCUUCAGCUUCACACAGAACGAAAGGGGCUACGCGCGCAACCAGUCGGACGUGAGCCGGGACAUGAUUGAAAUGCUGCAACAGUUCUUCACGCUGUUUAGUAACUACUCCUCCAAUGAUUUCUACCUUUCUGGGGAAUCGUACGCUGGUGAGUGCUGGUUUGAAAAAGUUUGAAUAUUAAUCAUAAUGACAACGAAGGCGGAGAGGGCUAAGAUUGUGUGCAUGCACCCAAGUGGGCAGCUAAUCACAUUGAGGUCUGCAA